CGGUGGCGGGAUCCGACGUCUGACUGGACCCGGCUGACUGAACUGAGCGCGGCAGCGGCGGCGAGGGCUGCGUGGCCCCGGCUCCCCGCAACGUCGCAGAGACUAGCAGGGUCUAGCGGGCAGCCGGCGGCGCAGGCACAAUGGGGAACCGGGAGAUGGAGGAGCUGAUCCCUCUGGUGAACCGUCUGCAGGACGCGUUCUCCUCGCUGGGACAGAGCUGUCUGCUGGAGCUGCCUCAGAUCGCCGUGGUGGGCGGCCAGAGCGCCGGCAAGAGCUCGGUGCUCGAGAACUUCGUGGGCAGGGACUUUCUCCCUCGAGGGUCAGGCAUUGUAACGAGAAGGCCUCUUGUGCUGCAGCUUGUUACUUCCAAAGCAGAAUAUGCAGAAUUUCUACAUUGCAAAGGAAAAAAAAUUACAGAUUUUGAUGAAGUUCGCCAUGAGAUUGAAGCAGAAACAGAUCGAGUAACCGGAAUGAAUAAAGGGAUUUCCUCCAUACCCAUUAAUUUACGAGUCUAUUCCCCACAUGUGUUAAAUCUAACCCUUAUCGACCUGCCUGGAAUUACUAAAGUGCCCGUGGGAGAUCAGCCACCAGAUAUUGAGCACCAAAUCAGAGAAAUGAUUAUGCAGUUCAUCACACGAGAGAACUGUCUGAUUUUGGCUGUUACCCCAGCCAACACUGAUCUUGCAAACUCAGAUGCACUGAAACUAGCUAAAGAAGUUGAUCCUCAAGGUCUAAGAACCAUUGGAGUCAUCACCAAACUGGAUCUUAUGGAUGAGGGAACGGAUGCCAGGGAUGUCCUAGAGAAUAAGCUGCUGCCGCUUCGCAGGGGUUACGUGGGGGUGGUAAACAGGAGCCAGAAGGACAUAGAUGGGAAGAAGGAUAUAAAGGCUGCCAUGUUGGCAGAAAGGAAAUUUUUUCUCUCACACCCGGCUUACAGACAUAUUGCUGAUCGGAUGGGGACCCCACACCUUCAGAAGGUCCUUAAUCAGCAACUUACCAACCACAUUCGAGACACCCUACCUAACUUCAGGAACAAACUGCAGGGACAGUUGCUGUCCAUAGAACACGAAGUAGAAGCCUAUAAAAACUUCAAGCCAGAAGACCCCACCAGGAAGACCAAAGCAUUGCUGCAGAUGGUUCAGCAAUUCGCUGUGGACUUUGAGAAGAGAAUUGAAGGGUCAGGGGAUCAAGUAGAUACCCUGGAGCUCUCAGGGGGUGCUAAAAUCAAUCGUAUUUUCCAUGAACGUUUUCCUUUUGAGAUAGUAAAGAUGGAGUUCAAUGAGAAAGAACUGCGAAGAGAAAUAAGCUAUGCAAUCAAAAACAUACAUGGUAUCAGGACAGGGUUGUUUACUCCAGACAUGGCAUUCGAAGCAAUAGUCAAAAAACAAAUUGUAAAGCUGAAAGGGCCUUCCUUGAAGAGUGUAGAUCUGGUAAUACAAGAAUUAAUCAACACUGUCAAGAAGUGUACCAAAAAACUGGCAAACUUCCCCAGACUCUGCGAGGAAACGGAAAGGAUUGUUGCUAACCACAUUCGUGAGCGAGAAGGGAAGACAAAGGACCAGGUACUGCUGUUGAUCGACAUCCAAGUCUCCUACAUCAACACCAACCAUGAAGAUUUCAUUGGCUUCGCAAAUGCUCAGCAGAGGAGCAGUCAGGUUCACAAGAAAAACACAAUUGGAAAUCAGGGAACCAAUCUUCCGCCUUCAAGGCAAAUUGUGAUUCGCAAGGGAUGGCUAACCAUCAGCAACAUUGGCAUCAUGAAAGGAGGCUCUAAGGGAUACUGGUUCGUCCUUACUGCUGAAAGCUUAUCCUGGUACAAAGAUGAUGAGGAAAAAGAAAAGAAGUAUAUGCUUCCCUUGGACAACUUGAAAGUUCGGGAUGUGGAAAAAAGCUUUAUGUCUAGCAAGCACAUCUUUGCACUCUUUAAUACAGAGCAAAGGAAUGUAUACAAAGACUAUCGCUUUCUCGAGCUGGCAUGUGAUUCACAGGAGGAUGUAGACAGCUGGAAGGCAUCUCUACUAAGAGCUGGGGUUUAUCCAGAUAAAUCUUUAACUGAAAAUGAUGAGAAUGGCCAAGCAGAAAACUUUUCCAUGGACCCACAGUUGGAGAGGCAAGUGGAGACCAUUCGCAACCUCGUAGACUCCUACAUGUCUAUUAUCAACAAAUGUAUCCGAGACCUAAUUCCAAAAACGAUAAUGCAUCUUAUGAUCAAUAAUGUUAAAGAUUUCAUAAAUUCUGAGCUCCUAGCACAGUUAUAUUCUUCAGAGGACCAAAAUACUCUGAUGGAGGAAUCUGCGGAACAGGCUCAGCGCCGGGAUGACAUGCUUCGAAUGUACCAAGCCCUUAAAGAAGCCCUCGUGGUCAUCGGCGACAUCAACACAGCCACGACGUUCACGCCCGCACCGCCGCCAGUGGACGACUCCUGGAUCCAGCAUUCCCGCAGGUCCCCGCCUCCGAGCCCCACCACCCAGCGGAGGCCGACGCUGAGCACGCCCCUCCCGCGGCCCACUUCCGGCCGCGGGCCCGCACCCGCCAUCCCCUCCCCGGGUCCCCACUCGGCGGCGCCUCCAGUGCCGUUCCGGCCUGGCCCGUUGCCUCCUUUCCCCAACAGCAGCGACUCGUUCGGGGCGCCUCCGCAGGUUCCGUCUCGGCCCACCAGGGCCCCUCCGAGCGUCCCAAGCCGGAGACCACCCCCAUCACCUACUCGUCCCACUAUAAUCCGUCCACUAGAAUCCUCCCUGUUAGACUAAAUGAAGUGUCUGGCAUGGCAGUUAAUUACUAAUGAAUUAUGCAAAAGCAAAAUAUUUGAUAACCGUUGCAGUAAAUCAUGAGUAGUCGCAUGUGUGGACAUCAGUAUUGGCAAGUAACCAGUUUUACUAAUGCAUUCAUCACUCACCUUCAUUGCUCAUGAUAUGUCAAACUUUUGGGGUUUGACUCUUGAAAACUGCUGACUCUUUGAGGCUUUAUCUGUUGUAUCAACCAAAGUAGAUUGUAUAGCAGCCCGCUACUUUGUGGACCAUUGGCCUACCCUGGCAUAUAUUUGGAAUUGCUUUGACAAUUUUCCCAGGUUACCUACCAGAUAGCCCAUUCAAUAUAAUUCCUAAGAGAUAAGAGAUGGUGGGCUUAGACCUAAAUGAUACAUAUUUAUUUUUCCACAUUCUGUUUUGACUGACGGAAAUUAUGUUGUCUAUUAUACAUGUUUCCGCCUACACCAUGAUUAGCUAUUUAGAUCCUCUCUCCGUCCUCUUUAUUUCAUAAAACUGCUAAGAAGUGAUUUUUUAAAAGUUAGGAUUCCUUAAAAAUAAAACUUUUCCAGAAGCAUGAGGUAGUUUGCAAAGGAAAAGUUAAUGCAUUGCUUGCUCUAGAGGGCUUCUCAUGGCAAUGUGUUUUGCUUCAAGCUAGAAGCAUAUUCAACAGUGAAUUAAAGCUUGUUUUUUGGUAGUUAGUAAAUUGGGCUAGUUUCAGAGUUCAAGGAAGAAGCAAAAUAUCACAUCUCUAGCAGUGUCUGUACAAAUGUAAUUUCUUUAUUCACGUAUAUACUUACCUCCUCACAAGUUACAGUGAAGGCUGACAUGGAAAA